AUGUCUCUCGACUUUAACACUUUGGCCCAAAACUUCACCCAGUUUUACUAUAAUCAAUUUGAUACCGAUAGAAGCCAAUUGGGUAACUUGUACAGAAAUGAAUCUAUGCUAACAUUCGAGACUAGUCAAUUGCAAGGUGCAAAGGACAUUGUUGAGAAAUUAGUAUCUUUGCCAUUUCAAAAGGUCCAACAUCGUAUCACUACUUUGGAUGCGCAACCUGCUUCCCCAAAUGGCGAUGUCUUAGUCAUGAUCACUGGUGAUCUGUUGAUUGACGAAGAACAAAAUCCACAGCGUUUCUCUCAAGUGUUCCAUUUGAUUCCUGAUGGAAACUCUUACUACGUGUUUAACGAUAUCUUCCGUUUGAAUUACUCUGCUUAA